AAUUGCCUGGCGUGGUAGUGCAGUCUUAGGCAAAUCAUGGCGUCCCCAUCUAGGAGACUGCAAACGAAACCGGUCAUUACCUGUCUGAAGAGUGUCCUCUUGAUAUACACGUUGAUCUUUUGGAUAACUGGUGUUAUCCUUCUUGCCAUUGGCAUUUGGGGUAAGGUGAGCCUGGAGAAUUAUUUUUCCCUUUUAAAUGAGAAGGCCACCAAUGUCCCCUUCGUGCUCAUUGGCACUGGCACUGUCAUUAUUCUUUUGGGCACCUUUGGCUGUUGUGCUACCUGCCGCACUUCGACUUGGAUGCUAAAACUGUAUGCAAUGUUUCUGACUCUCAUUUUUUUGGUUGAACUGGUCGCUGCCAUCGUAGGAUUUGUUUUCAGACAUGAGAUUAAAAGCAACUUCAAGAUUAAUUAUGAAAAAGUUCUGAAGCAUUAUAACACUACAGGAGAUUAUAGAAGUGAUGCAGUAGACAAGAUCCAAAGUACAUUACAUUGUUGUGGUGUCACCUCAUAUACAGAUUGGCAAGAUACUAAUUAUUAUUCAGAUCAAGGAUUCCCAAAGAGCUGCUGUAAAAUUGAAUGUUCUCCAAGCAAAGAUACAAAUAACAUAAACAAAGAAGGCUGUUUUAUAAGGGUCAUAGCAAGUAUAGAAUCACAAAUGGGAGUUAUUGCAGGAUUUUCUUUUGGAGUUGCUUGCUUCCAGCUGAUUGGAAUCUUUCUAGCCUACUGCCUUUCUCGUGCCAUAACAAAUAACCAGUAUGAGAUUGUAUAGCCAACAUAUCUGCAGGCUUAUUCCUCUCCAACUUUAAGG